GUCUCUGAAUGGAUGAGGAGCUCAAAGAUCAACUCAUCACGACUGGGAUCGAGAGUCUGAUAAAACUCCAAAACACAAACUAAGCACGACAGACUGAAGUUCAUAUAGAGCAGUCUUUUUUUCUAGCUUGAAUCUCUGUACAGAGUCGGUGGUAAGGAGGAGGAAAUGGACUUUGCUCACCCCGUGUGCAGGUCUUGUGAUGCUGCACCAGUGCUGCUGGUUGUCAGAGAGCACGGACGCCGACCGUCACCCGUAAGCCGUUGCUGUACUUGCUGCUGCGCAGACGCCUCAUGGAGCUGAAGAGCUGCCUUCGACGCACCCAGUCGCUGAAGAGCGUGCUGCCGUCAUGUGACAGGCUGACCUGGACGCUGCGGGACAGGAAAGCGUCCGUGUCCCAGCUCGUCGCCAAGUAUCAGGAUGCAGUGGAAGCACAUAAUGGUGACCCAAAACCAAAAAUUGCACCAUCUUAUGUGGAGAGUAAAGAAACUCACCUGGAGCAUCUGAUCAGGAGAAGUGAUGAGAGGGUACGAUUUCAGACCGGAAGCAAUUUGAGCCGGAGUAAGUCAUUGGGAAGUCUCCAGAGCAGCCCUGGGUCCGUGGUGGCCCUGAAGGCCCGGUAUGAGUCCAAGGAUGCCGUGCAUAACAAAAUCAAGGGCAGAUACACAGCUGCAAACGUUACAUCACCUUACAAGGCAGCAGACGUGUCAGCGAAAGGUGGCGCCGAGGAGGAAAAACCCAGGAAGCAACCAAACACGGCCGAUGCUUCAGUUGUUGAUGCGCCCAGAAAAGCAAAGGAAGAUCAUGUGACUAAAAAGGUGAGAAAUCACCUCCAGACUGAGAGGAGAAAAACAAUUGGGGGAAUUGACUUUGAAAGAAUCACAGCAUCUCAAACUGAUGAAAAGCGGAGGUGGACGGCGAACGUCAAAGGCAGCGCCCUCGUCCUCACCAAGGAGAAACCGUGCCUCUCGGUCAGAGCCAUGUCCGCUCUCUACCUGUCAAAGGUGGCGCCUCAGGAAACAAAGGGCAGCCCGUCAAAGCCGGCACGCGACCAGUCGACUAAACUGAUCAAGAUGGGAGAAGAGUCCCAACAGUGGAAAGAUGGCUGUCCUCCACCUACUACUCAUCCCUGGCCAGAAGACCUGGCCUCAGGGGAACAUUCCCAACAAUCCGUGACACUUUGCAAAGAAAACCUAUACGAGCAGCGGCAGAAAUGCGAGCUGAGACGCCUCCUGAAGCACACUCACCCCGAGCUGAGGACGCUGGAUCAAGUUGUGGACGAGGAGCUGGCUGAGGUUUUGAAGUCGGACGCUGGGGUGGCCGCUAGUGAAACUGGAUAUGAGGGAGAGGUUCUGUCACGACGCAUGAUGUUCGAGAACUGUGCCCUGAGUAACAGAAACGAUGCUCAUGCGGCCAAAGUGCACAAGGCAGAGGGAAAAGUGGAACAAUGUGAUGCCUCAAUAACACCAGCUGCAUUUGAAGAACCGUGUUUGGAAAACGUUAUAGAGACAGAUGAGAACAAGGCAUGUGCUUCUACUCGAGAUUGCAACGGCGAGUUUGAGGAGAUGAGAACAGAUGUUCAAGCUACCAGAAGGAUGUUUGAGAGACAAUCUGCGAGCACAUCCAGGCCAAAUCCAGACAACAGAUCCAAGGGUGACGUCAAAGAGGCCGUCCAGAAACAUGAUUCUGGGAUGUCGGGCAAAGACAAAAACAGCCAGAUUGUCUGUGAUGCAGAACAAUCCUAUAAACAAGUGUCAGGUGUGAGUAGCUUAAGCACUGAUGGAGGGUUGGCUGAUGGGGAGGAGGUUCCUGCUGAGAAUAAGUGCAUAGGUUGUUUAGAUUCAGACGGAUCUGAGGAGUUAAUUAAAACUAGUGCAGAUCUUUUUAAAAACAACCCGUUUAUCUCUACAAACAUAGAAAGAGAAAAUUCCUAUGCACAUACACCAAUAGCUCAAACCCCCUCCAAUUCCAGUGGGACAGUUGAGGAUUGUCUGACGACCAAUGUAAAGGACAGAGCUCAUCUCUUUGAUUCAAUGCCCUUUGACAAAAUAAGACGACAGAACAUAGACGAGAUUGACACAAUGGUGGAGAACAUUAAGGAAACGCUCAGUUCCCUCUAUCGUGCUAAUUCCAUUCACGGAGGCGGAGCCAUCAUUGAGGUGAAUGAGACCAUGAUGGCUAAAAAAGCUAAAUUCACACUAUCGGAGAGUGGGCCGAGAAUUCAAUAUGAGGAGGUCGCCGAAGGCGGAGCACAGAACUUCAUCCUGCAGCUGCUACCACGGGGCAACCUGAAGCCUCAGAUCACUUACCUGAAGGAGGACCGUGAAGGCAGCAUGGUGGUCACGGUGGUGAACGUGCCCCUGCAUCAGCACCAGAUCAGCACCAGUCAGGACACGCCGUUCAAAACCGCCAACGUGGUUCAGCUGGUUGAGGACAUCCUCAAUCAGGAUAACUCCCUGAGGAAGGGGGUGAUCAUUCAGGAGGACGCAACCAAUUGUGCUGAAGUGAUUGUUUAUUCUCUCUACCAUUACGUUGAUGAGGAGGACGUGAAGAGUUACAGUCCUCCGGGAGCGCCGGUGGAGUGUGACGAGCCUGAAGCGGAGAGAAGUGAGAUGAGAACGACAGACAAUAAGUGCAUCAGGAAGGGCAUCAUUAAAUCAGCCAUGAGCUGCUUUUCUGAAACGUCUCGAGAACAAGCCUGCCCAGGUUUAGUGAGGCCCGAGGUCCCAGUAAAAGGGAACGUGAAACUGUUCAAGAGUUGUAUUGAAAAGGGCGAUUUGGAGUAUUUAAAAACACUCCAGGCUGAACCGACAGAGCAGGAUGAAGACUUCGCUUCAGACCACAGCCUGGCUGGAGAGAUUCUCCAUGAACAGAGAGGAGACCAGGCAGAGGGGAGCGCUGCAGAAUGGGUCCCUGUCGAUAUGGAGAAACUGAGAAGCAUGUUCUCUGGGGAUCAAAAGCAAACCCAAACAAAGCUGAAUGUCCACGAAGGCCGAGUGGCAAAUUGGGAGUCUACUGGUCCCAAAGUGCCACAGGAAGCUGAAAAUGGAGCCAGAGGAGACUCUGCAAUGCUUACGACACAUUGUGAACACGUGGCCCACCGAGUCGGGUUAGUUGAGGCCACAGAUGACAAUGAUGAGAUGGCCAACCUUCAAAAUGCAAUCAACAGCCUCCAAGAGUCCACAGUCAAGGCCAACCCUUGGCCUGAGCUUCUUCCUCCAGAAGAACCCGAUGAAGUAGUGACAGCAGCUCAUAAGAAGCACUCGUUCACAGAGCAGACGUACCAGCAUGACAGGUUAGAGACACACAAAGACACGAAAUCAGAAGGAGCAGAGAUUAAAAACAACACAAAGGUGAAUACUGGGACUGAGGAAUGCUGGGAAGCCAAGUCUGACGGUUCAGAAACAGAAUCCAGACAAGAGGAAGAGGAGGCUGUGGGUCAGGGUACACUCCAAGCAGCGUUAGACUCCUUAGAGAGAUCCAACAUAAACAUCACCAGAGGAGACUUCAGAGCCGCUAUGAUAUUCCGAAAUUCUUCAAAACCCCACAAAGACGGACCGAAAAACGUGGAGGCCCUCUGCCCUGUGACAGAACCCCCAGUAGCUGAAGUACAACUGAGACGAAAGCUGGUUGGUUCAAAGCCUGCUAUCCCGCCCAAACCUGACCAUCUAAGGGUGUCCUGUAAGAGUGAACACAUGAAAGAGUCUGAAAUGUGCCCUGGCGCAGAUCAUAAAGGUGAAUUAUUCACGACCCUAGACACAGAUAACACAAAUAAAAGUAGCUCCAAUCAACCAGAGGCCAAUAAUGUGAAGGCAGAAGACACAAAGCCCCAGGACCCGCCCCUCCAAGAAACAGAUGACAGUCACAUCGAUUUCCAUGCAGCAUGUGAGAAAUUCAAAGGUAAUGCUGCGAACUCAAGCAAGAACGCGCCUGUAAAACCAAAACGGGUCAAAAUUGCCCAGCCGGACAUUCUCGCACACGUCGAUCCAAAGUCUGAUCAAAUGGGAGCAUUGUGCAACAACUCAAACACUGACGGUAGCGCCAAGGACGAGAAACAAACAGAGGGAGGAGGCAAAGUCGAGAUGAGGGGGAAGAGGGGACGCAGCGAGACAGAGGACGAGCGGCGGCAGCGACUGUCGGUCCACAUGGAUGAGAUCAUGAGGGGCAACAUCACGGCCGCCAUGGAGAUCUUUGACAACUUGCGCAAGCAGGAGGAGCUGCAGAGUAUCCUCAGCCGGGUGGAGGAAAUAGAACGGGACACCAGCGAGGUUGAUGUCAGGUCCCUGAGGAAGGCGUACGAGAACAUCCCAGACUGGGCCGUCAGCGCCAACGGAACCAAAGAACAAAAGCAGCCGGUGCUAAAGGAGAACACGGAGAGCAAGGUGUUGCACGUGUUUGGAGAUCUCGAAAGAGCCAGUGAGGAAAUCAUGACUCUAAAAGAGCAGACAUUAGCCAGACUCGUGGACAUAGAGGAGGCCAUUAAAAAGGCUCUAUAUUCUGUGUCUGCCCUAAAAUGCGAGGCAGACAUUGUAGGUUUAUCGUGUCUGUUUAAAGAGUCUCUAGGGAAGGCGAAAGACUCCCCACCCUCCGGAAACAUCAGCAAAAUAAGCAUUGGGUCAAGUCGAACUAAAUCCCCACCAGCACAGGGAGACUCGGCCUCCAAAGGAAGCACGGCUCUGGCAGCGGGGGGAGGAGCCGGCCCUGAAGCCGGCGCUGCCAAACAGCGCUCAGGCUCGCCCUCAUCCCCCGCCUUCAUCUCCAUCCAGUCGACCGCCAGGAAGGCGCCGCCGGCCGAGGCCUCCACCUGCGCGGCCUGUCGGCACGGCUCAGGUUCAGAGGGGGAGAAGUUCCGGACAACGAAGACGCUGACGUGCAACAGCCCCGCUCCGAACAGAAAGAGGCAGCCCAAAGCGGAGGUGAGCGUGCUGGAGGUGCAAACCGACGCCGACGGGAGCGGCGUGGUGGGCGCCAGGACGGUGACGGAGAACUACGAGCGGACCGACAGCCUGGGGAACCGCUUCUACUCCUCCAAGACGUCCACGGUCAUCACCGCUCCGCCAGAAACCACAGCAGCCUCCACGGGCUCCUCAGACAUUUAUCAGAUCACAACGUACCCAGAGUUUCAACCCACGUGUCACGAGAUGUGCUCAGCGUGUUUGAAGCCAGUCUAUUCGAUGGAAAAAAUAACGGCAGACAAAUAUAUUUUUCACAGAACAUGCUUCUGCUGUAAACAGUGCAAGAAAAAGUUAAGUAUGCACAAUUACGCACCUCUAUACGGGGAAUUCUACUGCGUAUUUCACUACCAGCAGCUCUUCAAAAUAAAGGGGAAUUAUGAUGAGGGCUUUGGACGCACUCAGCACAAGGACCGGUGGCUCCUUAGACACGCCGCUGACAGGGAGCGCGACGAAACGGAGGCGUGAACGGGCGCUAGGAGCGUCAGUAGCCGCGGGAAACUCAAGUCUGGUCUUCAGUGUGUUAGUGGUCACGACCGGGAGGGACUGCGGAAUCCAACUGUGCCGUCCGUCCUCAGACGACAUGAAAAUCUGCCUGAAGAUGUGUUUGAGGCCACGCGACACUGCUGAAGUCUAUGCAUUUGUUUAUCUUUGAAAUAAUUAUAUGAAAUUUGUUGCCACGUCCUCACGACAGAAACAAAUGUUUAAUAUGAAACUAAACGUGUAGUUUGUGACAUGUGGAGGAAAUCAUUUGGCUGAUUAUAAAAACACUCGUUGCUUCUCCAGAGAAAUUAAGUCACACUCACACACUGAAUUAUUGAUUUAACCUUGUGUAGGCAUCCAGUCAUCAGUCUGUGUGACACUACCAGGUGCAUUCACUGCCUCACUACAGUACAGCCAAUAGAGCAAAUCAAAAUAUGUUUACAUCUUUUCAUUUCACACUCACAUUAUAAAGGUGCCUGAAUUGUUUUUGAUGCUAUUUUUCUAUGUAUAUCUAAUAAAUAUAAAUCAAACCCAAGAAAUU